AUGGCAGACGUGCAAAAGAAGCUGCAGGCGCUGUCUGACAGCUACCAAGGCCUCCAGGCUGAGCUCGGAACUGCAGUAGAGGCUCGCCAGAAGCUCGAAUCGCAACAACAGGAGAAUAGUACCGUCAAAAAGGAGUUUGACAUCCUCGACGACGAUGCAAACAUCUAUAAACAAAUUGGCCCAGUACUGCUGAAGCAGGACAAGACGGAGGCAGUCAUGUCGGUCAACGGUCGUCUCGAGUUCAUCGACAAACAGAUCAAGGAUAUCGAGAAACAGAUACAGGGUAUACAGGACAAGAGUGAGAAGAUCAAGGGCGAGAUUAUACAAAUCCAGUCGGCAGCACAGCAAUCACAGCAAGCAGCGGCAUCAUCAUGA